CGCUCUACACAAGUACUUCACACAACGUUAGUAGACACUAUAGCAUGGCUGUACCACCAGGCGGUCCCAUAGAGAUUUGUUUCUCGUUUGAUACAACUGGCUCAAUGUCAAGUUCUAUCAAUGCGGUUAAACAGAAUGUCCAGGAAAUGAUUCAACGACUGCAAACGGAUAUCCCCGGUAUUAGAAUCGCUGUAUUUGCUCACGGAGAUUACUGUGACAGAGACUCAUCUUAUGUCACCAAGUAUGUAGAUUUUUCCACGGAUCUGAACGAACUGUGUAACUGGGUCAAAAGCGUUGGGUCCACUGGAGGCGGGGAUUCCGAUGAGUGUUAUGAGCUGGUCUUGCACCAGGUACAAACUUUGUCUUGGACACCUGGCACACAGAGGGCGCUGGUGAUGAUAGGAGAUGCCCAUCCUCAUGACGUGAACUACCCAGACAACAAACUGAAAUUGGACUGGAAGGAGGAAGUGGAAAAAUUAGCAGUCAUGGGUGUGCGAGUGUACGGUGUACAAUGUAGAGCUUCUAGUGACAAAAGAACGAACGACUUCUACCAAACACUGGCCGAUAAGACAGCUGGCAGACGAGUAGAACUGGAGCAGUUCUCCAAUCUCUUUGACUUCAUUAUGGCCAUCUGCUACAGAGAGCAAGGAGCAGAGUUCCUGGAUAUCUAUGAACAGGAAGUACGCGCCAGAGACGCUGGAAUAGGUGUUCAUAAGGAUUUGAAUGCUAUGUUCGGAGCACUCAAAGACGAUGAACCUUCCACAUCUUCAUCCAGCGUGGAGGCUUCAUCUUCCAAGUCCAGAACACUUCCCUACAAGCCGGCCCUGAAAAAGCUGUCAUCUCUGACAAAAGCAGCCUCCAUCACAAAGCUGAAGAAAAAGAGUACCUCCAUUCACGCAGUGAGGAAAACAAUCGUCAAAAAGACCGUUCCUUCUGCAAUGGAUAGAAAGAGAGCUAAACAUCUAGCCAUUUCAUGCCAAAAGCUAAACAUACUAAGAAAGCUGAAGAGAGAAAAUGUUGCAGAGACAAAUUUUUCGAUGAAUAGAAUUCAUUGGUCCCCGUGGGAACUAGUUAUUUCUCCCAUUAAACCAGAGGAUGACUCGGUGUGGACAGAAAGACAUCGAGGAAGAAAGGGUUUCAGAAAAUCCACCGUCUGCGGAGGAAAGACAUUCCCUGCCGCUGUGUACGAGUUCUCUGUGAGGAAACCAUCUGAUUCUAAACGUUAUGUUACCUACUGUAAACUUUCCUCGGGAUUCACCAGUACACGAUGCUGGGAAUCUAGACUCUUGUCCGAUUCUGACGUUCGAUCUCAAGUGAACAAAGUGGUGUCUUUGGGAUAUUCUGUCUUUGUUCGUAGAUGUUUGGUAACUGACUCUAACAAAAACACCAUUAAGAAAUCCCUUCUCAGAUAUGACUAUGCAUGGAGAAAAGUGCGAAAUGUAAGAGACUCUCACAGAAAUAUUCAGUUGAUGGCAGCCUCAAAUUAACAUUGUAUUCAAAAUGUCUAUUCUGUUGACAUUUAUUUUCACUUAUACUGUUUUAGC